AUGAUGCACAAAGGUGUCUUUAUUCUUUUGGCUUCUUGUUUGAUCACCCUUCCAGGUCAAGCUCAAGCCUUACAACGUAUCCCACUUCAUCGUCGUAACAACGAUGGUGGCGGCUUGAAGACCGAACCAAUGACCUUUGAUGAUGGUUCACUUGUCGGUACUGUAAAGAUUGGUUCACCUGCCCAAGAAUUUUCAGUGUUGUUCGAUACGGGCUCCAGCUUGUCCUGGGUCCCAUCCACCAAGUGUCACAGUACCGAAUGCAGAUCCCUUGGUCACACGCCGUAUGAUGCCGAGGAUUCCUCCACAGCCUUUGACUUGAACCAAAAAGAAUCCAUUCGCUACAGCGAUGACUCUUGUAUUGAUGUUGAAUUGUACACUGAAACCAUUUCGGUUGCUGGAUUGACAGUCGAGAACCAGCUCUUUGGUGCUGCAUACAGUGUUAAGAAUAUUGGCGAUGAUAAAUAUAUUGGCUAUCUUGGUCUUGGAGGAUUCGCUGAGGAUGGAUCCACCAACUUCAACGGCUCUACCAGCAAAGAUAUUCAAAAGCGUGCCUUUGUCAACUCAAAUGGCUUUGCCCAAAACGCCUUCCAAACCGGCUACGGUGGCAACUCACAGCAAUUUGGCAUGGUGACUUAUAACAACAAUGGCUUUUACGGCAAAAAGCGUUGGAACAAGCCUGACGGCGAAUUUAUCUUUGGUGGUGUUGACCAUGACUUGUAUGAUGGCAAGAUCGCCUACAUGCCCUUGCCCACGUGUGAUUAUGGCGAUUCGCCCUAUUGGAAGACUCGUAUGAACUGCGUUAAGCUUGGCCAUUUGGCAGACAUCAAGUUGGCACACAAGUCGUUGGCAUCCUUUGGCAGCAAUAACAACUACAUCUCGGGACCUUCCUCUCAAGUCGAGUUGUUGCACAAGGCCAUGGGCGCAAAACAAAGCGGUGGAUCGUAUCAGAUCAAGUGUUGUGAGGCUGACAAGUUGCCUGAUUUGACCUUUACUUUUGACAACUAUCAAGUAUCAUUGCCAGCAUCAGCAUGGACCAGCCCUAUUGAUGGUGCUGAUCGCGAUGAUGAAGAAGCCAUGUGCAAGACAUCCAUCCGUGGCAAUAACAAUGAAAAGGAAUGGGUCCUUGGUGGUGCAUUCCUCAACAACUUUUACCAUAUCUACGACCAGGGUAACAAGCGAGUUGGUCUUGCUACUCCCAAGGAUAGCAAUUCCAAGGCCAAGAUCACCAAGACUGGCAGUCGCAAGAACAGAGAUUAA